GACCUAUCAGAGUGCCAGUGGAGCUUUUAUCCAUUCAUCUCCUUCACUCUAAACCUCUCUCUACUCCCCAUAUUCAAACCCUAAUUCUAUCUCUUCUUCAACUGCAAUUUCAAUGACAAUGACCGGAACCACCACCGAUUACGGAGCAUUCAUGGAGAAAUUCAUCCUCCCGACGGUACCAACCUCUUCUCCGUUGAAUCGCCUCACAUUUGCCGUCAAAGACAUAUUUGACAUGGAAGGUUAUGUGUCUGGAUUUGGGAAUCCAGAUUGGUUAAGGACUCAUGCUGCUGCUACAUCCACAGCUCCAGCUGUUUCAGCUGUGUUGGAUGCUGGUGCUAUAUGUCUUGGUAGAACUGUCAUGGAUGAAAUGGCUUAUAGCAUAAAUGGAGAAAAUGUACACUACGGGACACCGGUUAACCCCUGUGCACCAGACCGCGUCCCUGGAGGAUCAUCAAGUGGCUCUGCUGUGGCAGUUGGUGCUGAGCUUGUUGAUUUCUCUUUAGGCACGGACACUGGAGGAAGUGUAAGAGUUCCUGCAUCGUAUUGUGGAAUCUUUGGGUUUCGUCCGUCACAUGGAGUUGUUUCAACCGAAGGAGUUAUUCCCAUGGCUCAAAGUUUCGAUACUGUUGGAUGGUUUGCUAGGGAUCCCGUGACUUUAAACCAUGUUGGGCAGAUAUUAUUACAGUUGCCUAAUGAAAAAUUAGUGCAACCUAGUCAAGUUCUAAUUGCUGAAGAUUGUUUUAAGCUUUUUAGUAUCCCAAGCACUCGCGUGACCAACGUUAUUGCUGCAUCCAUAGAGAAGUUAUCCGGAGGUCAAAUUUUGCAACCUGUUAACCUCGGGGACUACGUUGAAAGCAAAGUUCCUAGUUUGAAUCAUUUCAGGGAGAACGAUACUGAAAACGAAGAAUUUAGCAUAAAAUCUUUGACGGCUCUCUCUGCUGCCAUGCGGUUGCUACAAAGGUUUGAAUUCAAGAAGAACCAUGGCGAGUGGGUGAGCACGGUGAAACCUAACUUGGGCCCCGGUUUAUCAGAACGGAUACUUGAUGCCCUCAACACAUCUGAAGAACACAUCGGUGCAUGCGAGUCUGUGAAGACCCAACUACAGGAAGCCCUCGCUGCUCUCUUAGGGGAAAAUGGCGUAAUUGUGAUCCCGACUGUUCCUGGACCUCCACCUAAACUGCAAACAGAGACCACUUCAUUGGAAACAUUUCGUGCGCGAGCGUUCAGCUUGUUAUCAAUAGCUGGAGUGUCUGGAUUUUGCCAGGUGACGAUCCCACUAGGGAAAUAUAACGGUCUUCCUGUGUCGGUUUCUUUGAUGGCAAAACAUGGUUCUGAUGGGUUCUUGUUAAAUCUCGUUGAGGCUCUUUAUCCCACUAUGAAAGAACAAGUAGAAAUUGUUGAGAAACUUAGUUACUAGGUUCAUGUAUCCACUUUGUAAUUCCAACUGUUUAUGUAAACAGAUAAUAAGAUAAGAUAAAAGAAAAAGUAUUCGCUUUUCAGUAUUCUAA